AUGAGCUACGCCAGCGUCGCUUGUUCCGAGACUGAGUCCAGACCUCCUUAUAUUGUAGACCAGAACUACUACGACAACUACACCAAGGAACAAGAGAAAAAAAUACAGGCCAAAUCCGCCUCAUCUAUUUCCUCAACGAAGAACAGGAGCGCGUGCUGCUGCUCAUCAACAUCGCAAACCGGACCCCGGACUUUGCCAUUGAAAAGGACUAUUGACCACUCCACACGCCUCACCGAUGCAACAAGUCGACCAGCAACAUCUUCUUCAUCGUCCUCUUUGGCAGAGUUCUUUUCAGCGGGUUCGUAUUCUCUUCGGAAUAUGAGCAGAACUACUUCGCUGCCAACUCGCGUCCGAUGUACUGCCGGACCACACGGCUCUUCAUCCAGUAGAGAAAACGAGAACAACAUCAAGCGGAUCCGGCUCCCAGUGAGACGCGGGCACAUCUUAUUGUGCACGUAUUUCGCAAACAUGAUGGCCCUCGCCACAAGAAGCGAAAUUGUGGUAGUUUACGCACGCAGUACACCGAGCGGCUCUUCUUCGUCGCUGGCGGAGGCCGGGACGAGCAGCUCCGGGGAAGGUGCAAGCGGUGGCGGGAGCGCG